GUUUCUUUGAAACCUGAGUGAUUGUAAUGAUGCUAUUGACUUGGGAUUGACUUUCUCGCGUUGUGUUUCAACAACCCCAACCUACUGUAGACAUAUAUUUUUCUGGGGCGAUUGCGUAGGUUCCAAUGAGCUCCAGCGCUCCCGCCGUGCUGCCUACUGACCUUGGAGCGAGGAAUAGGCUUUUGGUUGACAAGCAUGCAGCGUACAUCAAGUCAUUUUCGCGCAUGUGGGAGACACAGGACAAGCUUGAAUUCGUGGCAACAGAGCACUUUUGGAUGAGCGGCAUGUACUGGGGGCUGUCUGCCAUGUAUCUCAUGGGGCGCCUGGGCGACAUGGACACGGACGCAAUCCUGGCCUGGGUGAUGCGCUGCCAGCACCCAUGUGGCGGCUUCGGUGGAAGCGAGCGCAACGACCCACACCUGCUGUACACGUUGAGUGCCGUACAAAUCCUCGCUUUGUACGACAGGCUGGACGAUGUGGAUGGCGACAAGGUUGCCUCUUACGUGGCAAGCCUACAGCAGGCUGACGGCUCCUUCGUUGGCGACGAAUGGGGGGAAGUCGACACACGGUUCACGUACUGCGCGCUGCUCUGCCUGUCAAUCCUGGGCCGCACGAGCGCAAUCAACGUGCCCGCCGCUCUGGACUUCAUCGCCCGCUGCAAGAACUUUGACGGCGGCUUUGGCUGCACGCCCGGCAACGAGUCGCACGCGGGCCAGGUGUUCACCUGCAUCGGCGCGCUGAGCCUGGCUGACGCGCUUCACCUGGUGGACCGGGACCUGUUCUGCUGGUGGUUGUGCGAGCGACAAACCAAGACCGGCGGCUUGAAUGGGCGGCCGGAGAAGCUCCAAGACGUGUGCUACUCCUGGUGGUGUUUGUCCUGCCUCAGCAUCCUGGGCCGCCUGCACUGGAUCGACCGAGACGCGCUCACCCGCUUCAUCCUGGACUGCCAGGAUGAGGAGGACGGCGGCAUCAGCGACCGGCCCGACGACAUGGCGGACGUGUACCACACCUUCUUCGGCAUCGCGGGCCUCUCGCUCAUGGGCUACCCCGGGCUGGCCGCCAUUGACCCCGCCUGGGCGCUGCCGGCGGAGGUGGUGGCGCGGAUCAAGGGGCGCAACGCGGCGGCGGCGGAGCAACAGCAGCAGCAGCAGCUGACGGAGGAGGAGGUGGUGCCGGGUAAGGAGGAAGAGGCGAGGUAGCCGGUGAGGUGUGAAGGCACGGCUAGGUGGUGGUGUCGGGUGAGGAGGAGGAGGUGAUGCAGGUGUUGUGUUUGUGUGGCUGGGAGGGAGGUGCGAUGGCUAGGGGGCGGUGCGGGGGUUGCCACGUGCGGGAGAGGUGAGCGCGCUAGCAGGAU